AUGGAGUGGGAAAAUUCAGUUGAAUCUAAUUCUGAGAGAGAUAUUUUUGAUCAACUCUUGCAGAAAUCAUUUGCAUCAAGACAUGUGGCCGAGCAAAAGUUAAUCGUUAACCAAAGGCAGACCCCGAAAUUUGGUAUCAAGACAAGAGACCGUAUGUUUCAAGAAGUUUUGUAUGAGAAGAAAGAUUGGCUGUGUGGAAGUAAAUGUAAAAAACGCCUUUUCUGUUGGCCUUGUUUGCUUUUUCAGUCCAAAUUGUCCAAAAUAUGGACUGAAACAGGUUAUAAUAACAUGCAAGGAUUCUUCUCGGACUGCAAGAAGCACGAGAAAGCCAAGUCUCAUUUGGAGGCCUAUAAGACAUGGAAGACAUUCGAUGUUGCGAAGAGAGUUGACGUGCUACUUUGGAGGGCCAGAAGGCAGGAAAUUGACCGACACAACGAAGAGGUAAGGCAAAACAGGGAAAUGCUAAAAAUCCUAAGUGAAGCUACUCUCUUUUUGGGUAAGCAAGAGCUUUCUUUCCGAGGCCACAAUGAAUCAGAAGGUAGCCUUAAUAAAGGUAAUUAUCUAGAGCUUCUUGAGUGCCUUGCGAAUUUUGACUCCAUUCUUGAACAUCGUUUGCAUGGGAGGUUAGCCGAUCCCAAAAGGGCAUCUUCAGGUGGGGUUUUCAAGGGUGUUUCUUCUGAUGUCCAGAAUGAUCUUAUUGAGUGUACAGACUCUGUGAUCCAGGACCAGAUUGACAAGGAGAUCCAACACUGCACUUUCUUGUCCAUGCAAGUUGAUGAAACAACAGAUGUUUCAACAAAGGAGCAGCUGAAUAUUAUUGUAUGUCUUGAUCGUAAAGGAGAAAUAGUUGAAAAGCUAUUGAAAUUUGUUAAUGUAAGUCAGGAUAGGUCAGCACCAGCAAUAACUGCUAUUGUAAAGAAUAUUUUAAGUAAAUAUGGAGAGUCUUUGAAGGAAAAAAUUGUUAUGCAAACAUAUCAUGGUGCAACUGUCAUGUCCUGGCACAUUGGUGGUGUUCAAACUCUUCUUCGUCAAGACUAUCCUUUUGCAUAUUUUUUUCAUUGUCCAUUUGUCAAGGUAUUUUUUGCCAGCAAAAGUGCUUUCUGUAACUUAACAAGCCUUAGCUCAAAAAGGAAAACUGCUCUAACCACAAAAGGCAUUGAUAUUCCAAGCCCAGGAGAAACAAGAUAG